AUGACUUCGCCAUCUUCCAAAGAGUUCCCAACAUCUGGCUCUGAGCCCCAGAAUGAAAGUCAGUAUCUCAAAGGUGGCACUAUCAUCACAGAUCUCGCCGAGCCAGAGGAGCUACGAGAGUCCCAGUCACUUUUUGCUGCACUAUUCUCUCGAUCCCGAAAGGUCGACCCAGACUCCAUUGCAACAGUCCGCAGUGUCUUUGAUGACCCUGUGUUAAGCCCAUUUUAUCAACCUCGUCCGGACUACGAGAAUCUACACAGAUUUGACCCCGACGAAAGAUGGACCUACCGUGAAGAAACAUCUGUGCGCCGCAAGACCGAUUGGACAAUUUUCUUAUGGAUCCUUGUCAUGUUCUUUGGUCUUAACAUCGACCGAGGAAACCUGGGAAACGCUGCAGCCGAUAACCUGCUCGAUGAUUUGAAGAUCACCACCAAUGACUACAACAAUGCCCAAAACAUGUACCGCAUCGGUUUCCUCAUCGCCGAAAUUCCGUCUCAGAUGCUUGGAAAGCGGUUAGGACCUGAUCGUUGGAUUCCUUUCCAGAUAAUCUUGUGGAGUUUAGCAUCUGGAGGUCAGUUCUUUAUGCAAGGGCGCUCCGGCUUCUUCGCAUGUCGUUUCUUUAUUGGUCUUUUCAUGGGCGGCUUCAUCCCAGACGCGGUCUUGUACCUCUCAUACUUCUAUACCAAGUCUGAGAUGCCGUUUCGCCUUGCCAUGUUUUGGUUUGUCGAUUCCAUGUCAGGUGUUGUCGCCUCAUUCAUUGCCUAUGGUGUCUUGCACAUGCGUGGUGUGGAUGGUCGUGAAGGCUGGCGGUGGUUGUUCCUUAUCGAGGCCCUCAUCAGUAUCGUGAUUGGAUUCCUCAGUUUCUUAUUCUUGGUUCCGGGUCCUACUCAGACAAAGACCUGGUGGAAUCCCAAAGGAUACUUUACCGAAAAAGAAGAAAAGAUCAUUGUGAACCGAGUUUUGCGAGACGAUCCGUCCAAGGGUGAUAUGCACAAUCGCCAGGCCCUUUCUCUGGGCAUGCUCUGGCAAAGCUUGAUGGACUACGAUCUAUGGCCGAUCUACAUCAUUGGGAUUCUCUUCGAGAUACCGACUUCUCCACCCAAGACAUACUUGACAUUGUCCCUCAAAGCCAUUGGGUUCGGUACCUUCGAGACCACUUUAUUGACCAUCCCGGUUACCGUCUUUGCAUCCAUCAACCUGUUGCUUGUGACUGAGUUGACCGAGCGCUUGCACGAAAUCUCCAUCGUUGGCCUGUUCACUCAGAUUUGGACUCUUCCACUUCUGAUCGUGCUUUACACAUCAGCAGGAUCCUUGUCCAACUGGGGACUGUAUGCAGUGACGUUCAUCCUACUGGGCUGGCCAUCUCCACAUGCAGCGCACGUUGGAUGGUGCUCACGUCUUAGCAACACCGUGCGAACUCGAAGUAUCAGUGCAGCACUCUACAAUGUGACCAUCCAACUUUCUGGAAUUGCAUCGUCGAAUAUCUACCGCAAGGACGAUAAGCCAUUGUACCGUCGGGGAAACUCACAGCUUAUUGCUAUAAACGUCGCCACGAUGGUCGCAUAUGUUCUGGCAAAGAUAUACUACACGCGUCGGAACCAAUGGAAGAAGGCUCAGUGGGAGAAGAUGACACCAGAGGAAAAGGCAAAUUACCUGAGCACUACAACCGACCAAGGAAACAAGCGACUGGAUUUCCAAUUCGACAGCUGA